AUGACUGAACAAGUUUCCCCUAAGCCGACUCAAUUGACAGGUUCUACAUCUGAACAAUCAGUAUAUAACCCUGUGAACCAAAGUAAGAUAACACGUACUUAUGCAGCUCUCCGUACUAGACUCAUCUCUCGUCUCUCCGCAACGCUUGAUCAUUCCUUCGUCCCCGCCACGAUCAACUCAAUUCCUGAACAAUCCCCCGUAUCCGCUCCAGGGAGCAUUUUUGAAGGGGAAGAGACUGGUUUGUGGUCCACUCAUCAGCAACUGAAGUCAGUAUUGACAAAGUUUCAAGAAUGUGCAGCAGAAGGAUUGGAUAGCGGUAUCAAAUACAGACAGUCGAUAGAUUUCCUCGAUGAUUUUCUACAGGGUUUCCUUGCCGUUUCACAGGUAUCGAAAUCUUUCCCCAAGGAUAAUUCCAUUUACCCUAACGAGAAUAUUGGUGUAAAUCAGACUAUGGGAAAUGCUAUGACCGAUGAUGAUGAUGAUUGGGAUUUCGGUGGAGUUGAUGUUGAUGAGGAGGAUUCGAAGCUCGGAGGAGCAGACGUUGACGGAAAGGAUACAAGCGUUUCGGAAGUGGACGUUAACAGACAGAAAGCAAAUGAGGAAGAGGUAGAGGAAGAAGAGACCGAAAAAGAUAUAGUGAUACGUACAAUUAAAGAGCUCGUCAUCCUUUGCCAAUCUGAAACUUUAGGUAAACCUAUAGAUGAUUUCGUUACCGAACAUCACUUGGUUUCACAGUUGGAAGCGAUAGAGAACGCUGUGAUACAAGGAGAAAAAGCGACGGGAAUGGUGAUGAAUCAAUUGACAGGGAGUAUGGCUUGGAAUCUUACUGAUUCGGAAUCGGAAUCGAGCUCUAAUUCAGUUUCAACCAUCUCGGUUCAGAUGAAUGUCAAAGAUAAUUGUGAUGUAAAAGGAUUUCGGGAGGUGAAUGAGAGUGUAGGAGGUCGGUUGAAGAGGUCCAGGGAAAGUGAUGAAGUUGAUUCUGCUGUUGUAAAUGCCGACUUUGAGAAGCUUCAGAUUUCGGAUUUCGAUCACGGAAUCGCAUUUGGUAUGACGGGAAAGACCGGGACGGAUAUUAGGAAGAGGUUUCGCAUGAAAUAA